GACACACUUCAAAGGGCAUUUACUAUGCCUCAGGCUACUGAAGUGGUGUGACAGGCUAACUGCUCUGGGACUUUUGCACUUUCACACCAUUGAACAGAUUCAGAAUAUCCUGCUUAUCAUCCAUUCACGAUGGACGACUUUGAAUACAGUGUGCACAUCUCCGACCAAGACUGGGACUGUUUUUUUCAGGAGUGUGAGGACUGUGACCUGGUCUCUCCAGUGCUCGCCAGCCGAGAGGACUCGGGUAUGAGUGACAUUGAUGAGAUGGGCUGCCUCCUUCUAAGCAGGACCCCGGCCGUGGGUACAGCAUCCAUAGACCCUGAUCCAGACCUUCAGAUUGAUGGCCCGCCAGACUGUGAGGGUUCACCUGUCUGUAAUUACCUCAGCAAGUACGGAAUACGUAGUCCAGAGCAGGUUCUCUCUGGCAGUGAGGAGGACUUGCACCUUCAGACUGUCAAUCUGUUCUUUGAGCAGUUAAAAAGUGUCACAGAAAAUCAACAGCCCUUGGAACAAAGCCAUGUUAUCAUUCGUGGAAGUGAGAAGGCAGGCCAUCUGGAGGGUUUGAUUGAUAAGCAGGAUAUUCUGUCUGCAGACACUGACCCAUCUGGCCAAAAUGAGGCCAAUUUUAGAGGAGAAAUAACUAAACAGGGUGUGGCUCAUACCUGGGGCGAUAUAGUCUCAGAAAAGUCAUUAGAGAUCACACCUGCUAAUGCACAAGAAGGUGCAUCAAAGUCUGACACAGAGCUAGUCAUUGGAAGGAAGAUAUUGACAACACCCCUAAUUACAGUAAGAAUGAAGCAAGAGAAACAGGGAAGAUGUAGCGGUCUCAGCAAAGAUCUAGAGCUUACACCUGAAACAAAGCCACCUGACAAAGAGAAGAUGGUACUGGUUAAUAGGAAAGAUGUGAUUGACCCAUAUCCAGCAAGACAAAACAUUGCUCAACUGGAUGCUAUAAGUUGUUCUGACUCGAAAGAUUCACCAAUCGGUCAGAUCCCAGUCUCACCUUCCAGAAGAAAGAGGAGGAAGAAAAAGAGAAUGAGUGUUGAACCAGUAGAGCAAGGACAUGAGGCUCAGAUCCACUACCAGCAAAGUGAAUCAGAGGAAGAGAGAUUUAUUCAGCGGGAAGAGAUAAGCAACCUUCCUGCAAAUGUCUGGAAGACAGAGCAACUAUCACUUCAAAGAAUGAAAACACCUUCAACUGCACAUAAUACUGAUCAUUUACAGCUAAGAAACACAUUUGACUUGGAGGCCUCAUCUGAUUUUAAGUUUUCAAAAAGCUUGCCAGUAUCUUUUACCAGUAAUAUAGGCACCACACUUCCAAAGCUGGAAGUUGGACGCAUAAGCUUUAAUACUAUUUCCAAAAGCAUGCAUGAUACAUCCCUUGUAAACAAUGGACAAUUGAAAGCAAAGAUUUGUGAGCUGUCAUUAUUACCCCAGAUAGAUAAAGUUCUGAAUGUAAAAGAAAGUGGAUUAAAUAUAACCGAAUCCCUUCAAUUUGAUCCUGCCGUGCAGUUAAGAGAGAGCAGGAAUGGUAUUAGAGAGACCUUAUCAGCACCUCUAAGUGAUAAUUCUGAUGCAGGAUGUCAGAGGAAAUCCUUUUUAUCUCCUAGCGUUUCCAUGGCUGUUGAUUCAACAGAGCCUCCUUCCUCUACGGCAUCUUUUAAAUUGACCGAGGACAAAGAUUUAUCCUGUUUAGGAAAUGAGAUUGACUGUUCUCCAUUAAAAAAUGAACAAACAAUUCCAAGCAGUAGUAAUAUAGUAGAGAUUUCAGCUCCCGAAGAAAGAAGCUUGUCUUUAACUGACAACAUUGAUAGAGCAGAAUCUUCUUCAGAUGGAAACGUUCCAGAAACCUUUGCUUGUUCACAGGAGGCUUCUCAAAAAUGGAAAGCAUGUAUUCACGAGAACAUUUCAGAAUCUCAAAGCCAUUUGACUUCUGAAACCACUGAAAUAAACACGAAUAUACCUGUAAGUGAGUCAGAUGUAAAGACUGAAAAUCAUAUGUCUGAUAAUAUUAAUCAUGGAGCAGGUGAAGGUGAAGGUCUUAUCAAAAGUGGAAAUAAAACUAGUGAGGUAUUAAUUGCGAAUGCCUCAUCCAUAAAGCCAAGGAAUUUAGACGAAUCAGAAGAUAAGAGAGACAUUAGUGAUAAUGAAGUUGCUGUUUCAGCCAGGAAUAAUAGUGAACAGCUAUUUUGUGGAAAGUCCAUCAUAUCUAGUGGUCCUACAGAAGGAAUGCUCACUGAAGAUCCUACUCAAGAUGUUUCAGAGUUGCCUCAAAAUAUGGUUGCUGAAAUUAAGGACACUUCCUCCGGCGAGUUGAAAAGUGGAACCAAAGAUCUAGAGAUUGUUUCUCUUGAUGCUUCAAAUCAACUGCCAUGUCCUGUGUUUGCUAUCUCCUCCUUUUGGAAUGAAAUGGAGAAGCUAACCAUCAAUGACAUACUCCGUCUGCGGUUGAUCAGUAAUGCCCAGCACCCCAGCAUUUUGACCCAGCCCGAGGAUGGUAGCAUAGCAGACACUACAGAUGCUGCAGACUCGGGCUACUUUACACAACCUGACGACUCUAAGCCGGACCGCUUAAGUGGAGACAUGUCUUACAUAUCUGAUCUGGAUGAAGACCUUGCACAGCUUCAAAACCCAUUUCCUUCUAAGCAAGAAGACGGGUCGAGUGAGUUUCCUAGCUCUUGUGGUGUGAUGUGGGAGAACGAUCCAGAUCCAGUGAUUGUGGGUGAUGAAAUGGUGCACAUAACUUCUGAAACAGCUCUUCCUGAACAUCUCUACACAGCAAAUGCUCAGCAGUGCUUCAGAAGAAUGUGUAAGAACAUGUCUGUGCAGAAUCUGCAAGCUCUAGAUACUCAACCAAUCGGACAAAUCCUGAGAAAUGCCUCGAUGCAUUCAAUCCAUUCAGAGGUAGAAGAUGAUUUUAUGGAUCCUUUUUACCAUGUGAACACUUCAGGCUCAAAGAUCUUUUCUGAUGAUGAAGAAGAAACAGAAAGCAGUGGUAUAGCAUUUUCUGAAAUAAUCCAGUAUUUCUUUGGUGAGGAUGAACCUGAACGGUGUGUGUCUCGUGCAGACAACAUAGCUGCCUCGUACCUUGAUGGUACCGGCACCUCAUUGCCUGAGACCUAUGACCAUUUUUUCUCCGAGUUUGAUUCUGGAAGUUUUGUUUGUCCAAUUGUGGAAGAGUCAGGUGGUGAUAAAAUGGUUCCCAUAUUCUCCUGCUCCCACUCGGCUAACAGAAACCUUCAGUUCCCAGAGGCAUACGACUAUUUCUUCCCUGAUUCCCCUGGGAUUUCAGAUGAAGAUGAUGAGAAUGACAAUGCAGCAAUCAAGGUAGUGACACAGUAUGACUAUAAGUCUCCCAACCAUGAUCCUGUUGACAUGUACGAGCACUUCUUGUCUGAUGAUGAGAGCGACUUCCUCUGGACGAACCCUCUUUCACUUCGAAAAGUUCGACGCACAGGUUAUACUGUCCCCAAAGGGAACACAUGUUCUGGGGAACUUCUCCCUGUGAAGACAUUUCCCAAAGGAAUCAUUCAACCUAUUAAUGCUAUGAGCCCUGAUGGGAGCUCCUUUCCAGAUUCCUUGCUCCUCAAGCUGGAGAACCGUAUCUUCCAGCAGCUGGCUGAACAACAGAAGAAGUGUAUGGAGAUGCAGACAGUUGUUGCUGAUCCAAGGUUGGAUGCUCCAUUCUUGCCUCUUAAACAGGCAGACAUGUGCUUGGUUUGUAUUGCUUUUGCCUCGUGGGUGCUAAAAUCAACUGGUUCAGGAGCAGACACCUGGAAAGCUGCUCUUCUCGCGAACGUCAGUGCACUCUCUGCCAUUCAAUAUCUGCGCAGACACAAGAGGGAGGAGGUCUCUGGAAAAACUCCUUUGCGUCAGAUAGAGCCAGCAUAACUCCGUGGCACAGCACAGCCCUCAGAUCUGAUUUCAGUCACAUCUCCCUUUUUCCAUGUAAUCCAGAAGGGUGAUUUUGAAUGUCAGACAUGUGCAUGCAUGACUUUUUCCAUCAUUCUCAGUACAUAUUAUUAUGAUUAACACUCUGAUGUGUGUUUAUUGCUGAUGAACUCAGUUGAUAUACAAUAGAUGUAGCAAAAUAUGAGAAAAAAAAUGUGACUUCAGGCCAGUGGCAUUUCAAUAAUCUGCACAUCCAGAUUAAAAAAAACAAAACAAUGUAGUUUGUUUAUGAAAUGACCAAAGCUCUUUUUCUGAUUCUGAGAUAUUGUGGAUUCUCUGUUUGCAGUGAAUGCUGUUGUGCGUUGUGAGGAAAGCAGCAGUAUGUUGAUUAAUAUUUGAUAAUGAGAUGCUUAUGAAGGUGUUAUGAUGGAAGAUGGACAUGUGUGUCUAAGUAAGUGUACCUGUGGAGAGAUUUUAAUGGAAGAGCUGAUGUCUAUGUACAAAUAGACAGUUUAUUGUGAUACUAUUGGGAUAAUGGAAUUUUUGCUGUGCCAAAUUAUUUUGGUGUAUUUAUAGACCAUCUAAAUAUCCAAUCAUAAACUUAUGUGAUAAUGUCACUUCAUAUCUGAAAACACAAUUUGAUUCGUUCAAAUUUCAAGCAUAUGGUGCUCCCAGUUUUCAAUAUCAUGUAGGAUAAAUAAAUCUU